AUGAAUCCGCCAGGGUCGCUAGGGGUCCUGGAGCAGAAUGUGAACGAACACUUAUCUACCCCGAUUCCUGGGCCCUCGAUACACUCCGAUAACCCUCAGGAGCGGAUCCAGGCCCGGCGCCUCCGCAUCGCGGCGCGCCUGGAAGCCCGGAGGCGGGAAGCACUUGGAGAAUAUUUAGAUGGGAAGAAGGAGAGUGAGGAAGAUCAAAGCAAGAGCUACAAACAGAAAGAAGAAAGCAGAUUGAAAUUGGCUAAACUUCUGCUCUGUGGCACCGAGUUGGUGACAAAUAUCCAGGUCGCCGAAGAUAUCAGAGAGACCCACAGGAGAGUGGAAGAGGAGGAGAUAAAGCGUCAGAGAAUUGAGAAGCUGGAGAACGAAGUUAAGACCAGCCAGGACAAAUUUGAUGAAAUCACCGCAAAGUGGGAAGAGGGCAAACAGAAGAGAAUUCCCCAGGAGCUGUGGGAGAUGCUCAAAACCCAGCAGCUGCGCUGUGCGGGCCUGAUUGAGGACAAGAACAAGCUUAUCAGCGAGUUACAGCAGGAGUUAAAAACAAAGGAUGACCAGUAUGUGAAGGAUUUGAAGAGACAAUCGGAUGACAUCUGCCUGCUUCUAGAGAGGAUGGAAGAACAAGUGAAGAAUGUAAUGAAAACCUUUCGCCAGGAGCUCCAUCACAUUGAGAAAGCAUUUGAGGUGGAACGACAAGAGCUACUGACCAGUAAUAAGAAGAAAUGGGAGCGGGCGCUGCAGGCUCACAAUGCCAAAGAGCUGGAAUAUCUCAUGAACCGCAUUAAGAAAAUAGAGGACUAUGAGAAGGAGCUGAACAAGCAGAGGAUCUGGGAUUGUGAAGAGUAUAACAUGAUCAAGAUCAAGCUGGAGCAGGAUGUGCAGAUUCUUGAGCAACAGCUUCAGGAGAUGAAGGCAACUUAUCAGCUAAACCAAGAGAAGUUAGAGUACAACUUCCAGGUGCUGAAGAAGAGAGAUGAAGAAAGCACAGUGAUUAAAUCCCAGCAGAAGAGGAAGAUCAAUCGCCUGCAUGAUAUACUUAACAAUCUGAGAUCAAAAUAUGCCAAGCAGAUAAAGCAAUUUCAGGAGGAGAACCAGUCUCUGACCUUGGACUACAAACGUCUUGUGAUGCAAUUCAAGGACCUACAGAAAGCCAUGAGGCAUUUUGCUUUUAUUGAUGGCGAGAAGUUUCGGGAGAUUUGGCUGAUGAAUGAAGAGGAGGCGAAGGAUCUAAUAGGCAGAGCCUUUGCUGUAGACAAGAUCAUCCAUGCCCAGCACCUGGGGCUCCCCUGGACAGCACCUGAUUUCUGGUUCCUGAAGAACGUGGGGCCUAUCUCUCAGCAGCAGCAGAAGAGUGCUGCACAAAUAGUGGAGGAAGUGCUGAUGCGAACAGAAGAGGAAGCAGAAGAGGCCACCUCAGAACCAGAGUCUUACCUGGACCUGCCAAAGCAAGUUUCCCCAAGAACCACCAAAAAGAUCCUAAUGCUCCUGUGUGAUGAGUCGGGUUUCCUCAUAGAGAGCAAGCUGCUGAGCCUCCUCCUUCCCCUGGAGAAGAGCGAGUGCUAUCUGCUGAGGCUGGAUGCCAUCUUCUCAGCCCUUGGAAUUGAAAGUGAGGAUGACUUGUAUAAACUGGUGAACUUCUUCCUUAAAUUCCGAGCUCAUCAUAUAUCCCCCAUCCAGGUCAAGCCCCUCCAUCAGGCAAACGCGGAGCAGCCAAGCGUGGUGUCCGACCUGGAGCUGGAGGAGCAGCUGGCGAUGGAGGGGGAAGAGGAGGAAGGCCUGGUGGAGGAGGGGGAGCAGGAGGAAGAGAAGGAGAGCCCGCCCUCCCCCUGGCUCAUCCACCCCAAUGACGUCCUCAAGAUCCUGGAGGCCUUCGUCAUGGGUCUGAAGAAGCCCAGGGACUCACGUGCACCAGUGAGAGUGCAGAAGGGCGUGCGCAAUGACUCCAGGGACUCUGAGUACUGGCAGGCCCUGACCACGGUUGUCCCUCCUGCCAAGCAGAACCUCUGGGAUGCCCUCUACACAGCCUUGCAGAAAUACCACCUUGUGCUGACCCAGAGGGCCAAGCUGCUGAUGGAAAACGAAGCUCUGGAGCAGCAGAACACAGAACUGCAGAUGCUGCUGCAACAGUAUCUGGACUCUAAGAUAAACUCUCAGCUGCAGGUUCCUCCGACUCAGGUGUUCCGGGUACCCACAAAAUAG